AUGUCUUGGGAACAAGUUCAAUUUACAAUUCCUGGAAAACCAUAUGGAAGUUAUAUUAUUACCGACGAAGUUCUUAAGAAUGUUCCUCAGAUUAAAGACUAUGAAAUUGGUAUGUUGAAUUUAUUUCUUAAACAUACUAGUGCUGGAUUAACUAUUAAUGAAAAUUGGGAUCCUUCAGUAUUAGUUGAUCUUCACAACUCAUUAGAAAGAACUGUUCCCAACGACGCGGGUUAUGAACACGAGAUUUCAGGAGGAGAAGGUCCAUAUGACCUGACUUCCCAUAUCAAGAACCUGCUUGUUGGUUGUUCAUUGAAUAUUCCAAUCAGAAAUGGUUCAUUGGCGCUUGGAACCUGGCAAGGAAUAUACUUGUGUGAGUUCAGAUUGGAAAGACACUCGAGAACAAUUGUCGCGACAAUCAAUGGAAAGAAAAAGUAA